AGCCAUGAAAGGAGGAGCAGACAUGUGGAAGGACAUCCUUCCCAACACCUGGGAGACCAUCUCAUCCCAGAUCAGGUCUUUUGGAUAUUCUCAGAAGCAUGCAGUCCUGAUCCCUGCAGCUGCCCUGGGGGUUGGAGGGAUGCUGAUUUACUGGCUGAGGUCUAGACACAAGAUCAAGACUAUUGAAAUGAGUGAUGGAUGGUGGGGCUCAGGCGAAAGACCUGUAAAAGGGAAAGAAGAUGAAAGUAUCCGUCCCUUCAGGAUUGAAACAUCUGACCAAGAAAUUGAGGACCUGCACCGGCGCCUGGAUCAGGCCCGCUACACACCACAUCUGGAAGGGGCCGCCUUCCACUAUGGCUUCAACUCCAGCUACCUGCAGAAGGUGGUGGCCUACUGGAGGAACCAGUUUGACUGGCGCAAGCAAGUGGAAGUCCUGAACAAAUAUCCCCAUUUCAAAACCACCAUUGAAGGGAUCGAGAUCCAUUUUAUACACGUCAAGCCCUCCUAUGUCCCUCAUGGUCGAGCUGUUCAACCUCUGCUAAUGGUCCACGGCUGGCCCGGUUCCUUCUAUGAGUUCUACAAGAUCAUCCCUCUGCUCACAGAGCCAGCCAGCCAUGGCCUGAAUGAGGGUGAUGUGGUGUUUGAGGUCAUCUGCCCAUCCAUCCCAGGCUAUGGCUUCUCAGAGGCACCACACAAGCAGGGGUUUGACAGUGUAGCAGCUGCUCGAAUAUUUCAUAAGCUGAUGAACAGACUGGGCUUCAAGGAAUACUACCUACAGGGAGGAGACUGGGGAUCUCGCAUUACCACAAACAUGGCUCAGAUGCUGCCACAGUGUGUGAAAGGGCUUCAUCUGAAUAUUGUCUUCAUUGCUGUACGAGGUUUGAGAAAGAUUAUUUCUAUCAUGCUUGGGGCUUAUGUACCAUGGCUCAUAGGCCUCACUCGGGAAGAUGUUCAUCGUAUGUAUCCUUUCAUCCAGAAGAAUGUAUAUGACAUUCUGCGAGAAUCUGGAUACUUACACAUCCAAGCCACCAAACCAGACACUGCAGGUUGUGGACUGAAUGACUCCCCUGUGGGGCUUGCUGCGUAUAUUUUGGAGAAAUUCUCUACCUGGACAGAUAAAUCAUUUCUGCAGAAAGAUGAUGGAGGCUUGGAAAGCAAAUACACUCUUGAUGAGCUUUUGACCAAUGUGAUGAUUUAUUGGGUGACAGCUUCCAUUGUGUCCUCCAUGCGAUUCUACAAGGAGAACAUUACUAAGGACCCUGAUCUAAAUGCUAUUUCCAGGGUUGGAGUGUAUGUUCCCACAGGGAUCGCAGCCUUUCCUCAGGAGAUAACACAUACACCACAAGUCUGGGCAAAGGAAGCCUACAAGAACAUCGUCACUUACUCUUACAUGCCACGUGGAGGACAUUUUGCUGCCUUUGAGGAACCAAAGCUCCUGGCACAAGACAUCAUGAACUUUGUCAGAAAGGUGGAACACCUGUGAACCUGCAAUUUCAAUAUGUACACAGAAUGGAGGCAAGUUGGUUUGCCACCAGCAGAACAUUCACUUUGCCAGAUAUUAAAUAAAUCCAAUGCAAUUGCA